CUUUGUGUUUGGUGUAGCAGAGGCUGGGGAAAUGUUGGUAUAUACAACGGCGAAAUCCUGACCUUUCCACUCAACUUUGCCACAUUUUGUGCAAGGAUUACGUACUGUUUGUACACUUUUGACAUGCUGAAGUCGGAAAUGUAAUUAUUUUGGAGUUAUUACUGGAUUGUGACAAUAUGAAUACAGCGUUGGUUCUACAGGAGUGAACGGCCAGUUCACAAGAACUACAGCCGAUGGAAUGUUUCUAAAUCUUAAGACCAGCUCAUCGUGUGAAUAAUGCCAAGUCACAUGGAAACAAGACAAAAUAUGUACCAUGCCUAAAAAGAAAGGCGGAGGGACUAAGGUCACCCUUAAGGCGGCAAAAAAGGCAGUACAGAAGACACCAGAGGGACUGCGCAGACUCACCUACAGCAAAUUAAGAAUGGCCGCAUUUCCAGUGUGUCUUGUCAAACUGCCCAACCUGCAUGAGUUACAACUCUGCCGCAACCUGAUGAGGGAACUCCCAGAAAACCUUGGGAACCUAUCUUCACUCAAAUGGUUAGAUCUCCACACUAACAAACUGGAGUCUGUGCCAGAGUCAAUUGGCAAACUAGUGGCACUGACCCACCUCAACCUCUCUAACAACUGUCUAACCUCAGCAGGUUUACCCUCCACACUAGGUUCCCUCAGUAAGUUGAAGACCCUCAAUCUGGGGCUGAACAAGCUGGACAGCCUUCCGCCCUCCAUGGAGGCUCUAGAGAGUCUUGAAGAAUUAAGUCUGUUUGACAACCUCUUCACCACCAUACCAGAGUUUAUUGAUGCCCUACCAAAUCUCACUAAAUUGAACACAAAAAGAAAUCCUCUAUCAUGUGUCCAGGACAUAAAAAAAUCUGAAGCAGGGGACAGCAGCCUGUGUUUGAGUGAAGAGCAAAAAGAAGGAGAUAGUGUUCGUGUUAAGUCUAAAGAGAGAAGCCUGAGAUAUGCUGGGCUGACGGUGCCAAACUCAGUAGCUAAACUCAAUCAGGAUGAGUGGAGAAUACGUAAAAAGUUUAAACAAGAGACAGUCAACUAAGCAAAAAAAACAAAACUGCUGACAUCACAACUACAGACCUAAAUAGCCUUAUAAAUACAUUCAAUUGAAAAAAUAUGUUAUAUUGAAAAGAAUAAGGAAACCAGACGUAGAAAUGUGUUGUUCCAUGGAGAGUGUAGGCUGCACAAUAAUGCACUUGACAAGUGUUUAAAGCUAAAAGCUGAUUGGUCAGUGACUUGGAAUCCCACUUAAAGAUUAUGCUUGAUUAUUUUGUAAAUUUUGGUUUACAAAUAACAGUUUAAGAAUUAUUUUGCCUACAUGUUAUGGUUUCAGGGCUCUGCGUGGCUCUGUGUUGAUUUUCCACAUUGAUCUACAUUUGACACUGGCUUGAUGAAACUAUAGCUGAGGGACUUGACUGAGAUAUUAUAUAAUAUAUAAUUAUAUAAGUGUCAACAGAUGAAAUACGUCCUGAAGCACGUCACACUUCAGAUAGACAUUGUGCCAAAGCUGGAGAGUCCUGAGGUCCAGUCUACUACACCAGCAUGGUCCACAUUACUUAUUGAGUUUUGCUGCAUACGUACAACUCAAUAAAUGUCAGGGACUAAUUGCACUGGGGGCUUCAGAGCCACGGUCAAAUGUCAAACUAUUACAUUUCAAUAAAUUAAGUAAAAAAAAUAGUUAUUUUUGACUGACUUUGCUGUGAGGAUUAAGAGAUGACGCUUACCUGGCAUUAGCGAUAAUCUCAGCAGUCCCUCUGCCUUUUAAUGCUGACACUACUGUGCACAGCCUGCAGGAAUAAAGAGAGUAAAAAGAAUGAGCAACAGCGUAGGAAUGAUUUAAAAAAAAACUUUUUUACAUAAGUCCAACCUUUUAUAUGCAGAGACAUGGUCUUUAUUCAGGAAUACCAGGAAGGCUGAGUGUCCGCUCUUCAUAAAAACCUCGAUAGCAUUGUCCUGAUAGGCACAACGUUUUAGUUCAUCAGACAAAGCCAUCAGACACAGAUAUAAAUGCAUAUUAAUUUAAGGAUGGAGUGGGACCAUUUGGAUGUCUGACCUCCAAAAGGAAACGCAUGAAGCGCGCCUCCUUGAUAUCAUCAUAUAGCCAGCGUCUACAGCUGGCUGAUGGCAGCUCUUUACUCAGCAUGGUGGAGAUGAAGGACUCCUUCACACUGGCAGAGAAAGAAAGGGACAUGAUGAUCAAUUGACCCAAAUCAGUAGAUAAAUGUAUAUAUGUUUUUCUGUAACUACACAGAACUGUGCAGCACACACACACACACACACACAGGUGUACCUGCUGGGUUGGUGUUUCCUGCAGCAAAUGUCUCCACUUGGACUGAGAGUGAACCCUUCACACAAGAACAGGCUUUCUUUUCCAAACAGCAGCACCCCCUCUGUCACUCCGAGGCCACUCACCAUCACUACACACAUCUUUGCCUUUACCUACAGUGAAACAAAGUGGGAUGGAGAGAGAUAGAGAUACAUUAAGCCCCAUGUGAGAGAGGCAUUUCUCUCCUGGGACAUGACAUGACACCAAUGCAGGCACUUCAGGCUUUACUUGAUUGAUCAUUUUAAUCACAUAUUUUAAUCAUUAUUAAAAAGACACAGUUGAACACUUCAUUAUCAGAGCUGAUUGAUGAGGAGGCGAGGACCAAGCUCCUUUUUUCAGCAAAGCGACUGUGUGUUUCAUCUCGCACCAAAGUGGACCCACAUGCUGCUUUCGGUGCUAGUUGCAGCUAAUGCUAAAUGCAUUGUGAUCAUGUGUGGCUAAUUCUAUUGUCUCCCCUCAUUUCACAGUGAGUGUGUGCACCUGGCCGUAUCCCUGUGUUGGCCCCUCUGCAGGCCCUCUGGGACAAAGCGCCCAAAAACCAUAUGGGGCCCCGACAUACCCGCAGGCCCCUCACAAUUUAUACUAAUCAAAUCAGGCUCUCUACCCACAGAUGUAGAGUCACACUUGGUGGAGGAGGAGGAGCAGGCCCUGCUUGGCCAUUAUUAGGAGAAUUAAUCACUGCCACACACACAAUGGGAAACCUGCUAAGUGAUCAGAACCUUGUGUCUGAAUGCGCACACAGAAACACACGAUGAUGGAUAAUAUCACUUGUCAUGCGAAAGCAUUUGAAAAGAGUCAAGGUGAGUGAGUCUCAUCCACGUGGCUUGGAAACCUUUUACUGAGCUUUAUCGUGGUCAGAUUUUGUGCAAUUAGGGAACACAAUCUGGCAUCAGCCCCACUGAAAAAAAUAGUUACAUUUAUUGUUAUCAAAAAUUAAAUACAGAAUAAACUUGUUUCCUCAUCUCUUCACUGUGCUCUGGACAGAAAUGCAUUAUCAGUCCGAGGGUGAUUUAGCUGAUGACGGGAAGAAGGAGAGAAAAGGAGGACUUUUAUUGACUGAGAGCCUAAUGUCAGACCAUUGAUUUCUCCCCAUACACAUUACUGUCAUAAUCACACUAUUGGUGCUGGCAAGCUAAUUAUGAGUGGGUCUCCCUUUGUGUAACUUUAUAUAUGUGUGUGUAUGUGUGUGUGCAUUUUUCAGAGCUAAUGACUGUAUUCAUUUGACAGGAAGCUCAGCAGGACUCACACAAUGCACCACUGCAAGACAACAGGCCACACAGGCACACAUCACACACACUUACUAAGCAGAUGCAAGACAGCUUGCAUCACCUCCUACUGUUUUUAUUAAUACUUCUGUCAGAAACAUUAAAAGGCGCGGCUGGUUGCCGGAGCAAUGAGAGUCCCUGUCAACAUGUUCUUUGGUUUCUAACUCACAGGAAGAAUGAGAAGAGCUGAGCUGGGCCUCGACAUUAAAACAUUACACUAAUGAGGAAAGAUGAAAUUCUGAUAGCAGCGCUGGGCUAUUGGAAUCCCUCAGUCUACAUCAGAUAAUUAGGAUUGUGCAUAUUAGUCGGGUGGAAGGGAGCUGUGCUUGUGUUUAGCCGUGGUUUUUUUUUAGACUAACAAACCCUCCUGUGCUACAGUACCUCUUCUCCAGGGUGCAAUUCCUGCAGGAUUAUGCGUAUGUCGGGGCAGUCUUGUCGUUGGGAGCAGGGUAUGGGGGUCAUAGAGCCAGGUGGACUCUCAGUUAAAGCAGGUGUUUCGUUUAAAACAGGAAAGAAGGUCAGACAGUCCUUUCCUCCCUCCUCUUCAUCCUCUUUUGCUUCAGUGCCAACUUCCAACAGGAUCUUGGGCUCUGUUACAAAGGAAACAUUUUUUCACUGAGCUUAGAUCCAACACUCAUAUCGAGAAGAGUCAAUUUAAAUACAAUAAAAAAAGUAGCUCUUUUCUUAA